UUCAACAUGAGUUCUACCGGUCGUGAUGCCAAUUAUUACAUAAAGCGUCAGAAGAAUAACGAGGCGGCUCGACUAUGUAGAUUGAAACGAAAAGAAAAAGAAAUUCAAACUGAAAAAGAAAAAAGAAAACUUGAAGCAACAUAUGUUAAAUUGCAUGCAGAAUUACUUCAGCUCCAUAAAAACAAUUUAGAAGCAAUAAGAACAUCAUGUUUAGAAAAAUUAAGAAAACAAAGAUAAUAUCAUUGGUAGUAUGUAAAACAGAAGUUUAUUAAAGUAAAUC